AUGGGUGGUCCCCAGCUAUCCCACGGUGGUCCCCUCCCAUCUGGGCCCGGCCGCCUCUCCCUUCCCCCAGGCCACCCAGGCCACCCCGGACCCCCAGGAUCUCUCACCCAAGUGGGCAGGCCGGUAGGCGCCUUCAUGGGUGGUCCUCCAGGCUCCAAGCAGCCCUUCUAUCACCCUUCACAGGUAAGAUGAACUAACAGUUGAGACAAGACAGUUGUUUUUGUGUUUUUCUGAUUCUCCUUGUUGUUGUCUACAGGGGGGCGAGUUUGUUGAUGCUGGUGGUAUGCCAAUGAGACAACCACAGUUGGCGCACGGCAUGAUGGGUAUGGGCGGUCCGGCUGGUCCUCCAAGGCCUGGGAUGCAGCAGCAGGUGUCCAGGACGGGGAUGACAAUCGUGGGGUCGGGGCCCGGGUCAGGGCCUGGGUCGGGGUUACCCCCUGGUCACCCCCAGCACCCACAGCAUCUACCACAGGCCCAUAGUGGUGGAGGGGCACCACUCCCACGUCUGAUGUUUACCGCUCAGCAAACACACCAACAACAACAACAACAACAACAGACUGCAAUGUGGCCUCCGCAGCAGCAGGGGGGACUAGUGAAUUCCAUGCAACAUCGCAUGCCCUGCAGCGACGGCCACAUGGACCCGUCUGCCAAUCACCAGCAGUCGCACGGACACAUAUUUCCUGGAGGGGGUGGGGGCACCAACGGAAGCUGCAACCUGAACCCCAACGGCCAGUUUACCCAGCAGGCAUUGCGGUCGGGGAUGCCCGGGGUUGGUAACAAUUUUGCCCCCCACCAAGGACCUCCAUCGUUACCCUCCAACCAAGGGGUCGGGGUGCCGUCCUUUCCCAGGAGACUGAUGCAGAAGCUGGGUGUGUCCACGGCAGGGCAGCCCCUACCCUCCAUGGUCCACCAGGGACUUCAGCCCGGUAUGAGGCCCAGGGGACCCCUCUCGGCCCUGGCUGGGAUGAAACCCGUUCCCCCUGGUAUGAUCCACCAUCCAGCCCACCCAGUCCACGGUAUGGCCCUACCUAGCUAUCCUGCCUCUGGGGCCGUCGUCACCAAACACCCCCAACCCCACCCACACCAACAUCCCCACCCCCAUGGGCCCGGGUAUGGACCAGGUCAGGGGAACCCUGGACACAAGCUACCCCCGUAUGAGUACACUCAGCAGGGGCAGAGUAAUGGGGGGAUGGGGGGUAGGCCUGGUGGUGGUGGAGGAGGGGAGGUAGACUUUAUUGACACUCUGGUGGGGUCAAACGAGGACUGGCUCAAUAACCUCACUAUGAUAGACGAGUACCUGGAGCAGAACUCAUAG